AUGGGGAAUUUCCUCGGGUUAAAGGAAAACAAAUACAAUAAGACCAACAUAAACAUCUUUGAGAAGCGGUACGGCUAUAACCUGAACGAGCUGCACAGCUACGUCUACAAAAUCAACCUGCCGCUGAAGCCGCGCUACGUGGGCUAUGUGCUAGAGGAGAAGGGGAAGCGGCCAAGUGGGGAACCUCCCUGUGGAGAUGACCCCAAAGUAACUUCCCCCACACACGGGGAGGGCAACAGCAUGGGGGAGGGCGACAGCAUGGGGGACGCCGCGGAAGGAAGCCAACCCGCCCCAGUGGACUUAUACAACCGGUACGACAGAGACAACCUGCACAACUCAAGCAACAUUUAUCAAAAUAAAUUAAAAAUAAACCAGCAGGGGUGGCAGCAUGAUCAGCAGCAGGGGUGGCAGCAUGAUCAGCAGCAGGGGCGGCAUAACCAGCAGCAGGGGCGGCAUAACCAGCAGAAGGGGCAUCACAACCAGCAGGGGCGGCAUCACGACCAGCAGGGGCGGCAUCACGACCAGCAGAAGUACGCAGACAUGUACGUGCACAUGUCGUAUGACAAAAACUACACCUACGACGAGCACAAAAAUAACAUUUACGCGGAGGACAGUCUCUACAAUUAUGUCUCGAAAAAGAACCCCAUCUUAAUGCCCCCCAAAAAAGGAGGGGUAAAGAAGACCUACGCGAACUUGUGCCUAAAUUACUACAACAAUUUGGACACCUGCGUGAUUAAAAAGUAUCAAAAGAAUGUUCAAAACAGGAAGUACAAAUUUACCCGCCUGCACACGUGCAAGCCGCACUACAUCCUCUUCUCCCGCUGCGUAAAGUACCGAGACAGGAAGCUCAUGAACGAAAUAAAAAAAGUGGAGCUCAACUACUACAACUCCCUGAGCAGGGGCAGCAGAUCGCUCUACCUGAACGAGUUCACCACUAACUUGAGUUACCACGAGUACCUCAUCAGCAAAAUGCACGACGGAGUGGAAAAGAUAAAGAUCAAGAAAGAACUAAACGAACUACGGGAGAGGUACAACCACAUCGUGAAAUACGCCGACGCGGGGUUUACAGACGCGCCCAAGUUUGAACCACCCCAGGGGAAGACCUACAUAAGCAAGAAGAAACACAUGCUGCUAAACAUAUAA